AUGGCCAAGAAGCUGAACUCCCAAAUUGCACCGCUGUUGCCACAGCCUUGCACUGAGCAAGACAGCCUGGGUCAAGUAUUUGAGGAUGCUUUUGAGGCGCUGACACAGCCUUCAGUUGGAGAACUUCAGUACUCCCCAGAUCAUAAUAAAAAUUACAUGGCCUUCCUUAACCAUUAUCCUCACAUCAGAGGCAGUUCCAGUUGGUGUGGAAUGUUACCCCCGGAAGAACCCACCUAUAACUGGAGAAAUGUAACUAAUGGUUCUGGGGACUUGUAUUUGGAAGAAAAUUUCCAUCAAUCUCUGCAGAGCAUAACUGAAAACCAGCUGGUACAAGCCACCCUCUUCCAGCAAAAAGGAGGAAAAGGCAGGAGGAAGCUUCGGCUGUUUGAAUACCUUUACGAAUCUCUGUGCAAUUCAGAGAUGGCAUCUUGUAUUCAGUGGGUCGAUAAAACCAAAGGCGUCUUUCAGUUUAUAUCAAAAAACAAAGAAAAGCUUGCUGAGCUUUGGGGGAAAAGAAAAGGUAACCGAAAACCCAUGACUUACCAAAAGAUGGCCAGAGCCCUGAGGAACUAUGCCAGGACUGGAGAGAUCACGAAAAUCCGGAGAAAGCUGACCUACCAGUUCAGCGAAGCUGUUCUCCAAAGACUCUCUCCAUCUCCCUUCCUGGGGAAAGACCUCUUCUACUCACAGUAUGGCCAGCCUGAUCAGGAAUAUCUCAGCUUGAGCCCCUGGAAUGCAAACUACUACGCUUAUGCCGGUUACCAGAACUAAGCCA